CCCGUUGCCUCUUGUAUAUAAAUUUCGACUCCUCCCUGCGCUGCCCGCCGUCUUUUUCCUACUAGAAAUCAAUACGGUUAGUAUAUGCCCGAGGACCUUUGGAUUUGGCCGAACCGCAACAUAUGCAUCCCAGAGUUUGUUUUUACUAAUACCAAAAGCAGUGCCAUGUACUAGACAUUUCGGAUCGCGGCCCAGCUGUGUCUGGUAGGGGCCGCCUAGGAUCCCAAGAUCUCCAUCGUUAUCGAGAAUAAAUACCGGAACCAUCCCCCAACAUCAGUCCCGUCCGUCGUUUUUAUCUUCUUUCUCUCUUCUCUCCGAUGCCCUGGACCGAGGAGCGCUCGACCACACCAACUCAACCCAAUGGCAGGAACCGUCCCCGACUUUUCAUUGCCGACACCAUCUUUCUUUAAUAUUUUUAACGAUGCGCCGCCUGCGAUCGCCGCAUCGCCUAAUCUUCCUGGAGGGCCAUGCAAUUUCGUGGAUAUGAGUCGUGAUGGCCAAGGACCCAAAUGCGGAUGCCGUCGUUUCUGGAGUCGCAGCGCAUUCGCAGCCAGAACAGGCGGCGGGAGCCCAGCAGGAACAUCACCAGGAUUUGCAAAUGGAUUCUCUAAUGGAAAUACUGGCGGCCUAACAGACGACGCCACCUGGUGCAUGUGUUCCCAUCAUGCUUGUUUUCAUGAUGAUAUUCGCAAUGACCAGCAGCUUCCUAUUGCCGUCACGGCUAAUAUCGAUGCUGUCAAUAAUGGUCAGGAAAACGAGCGGCCAAGGGCCAAUAGGGAACCUCUCACACCAGUGAUGCCGGAUCUGCCCUUCAAGUUACCAGCGCCAACGGAACCAAAUAUGGAUUUUUAUACGUUUAAUGAGGCCGAUUCUUUCUCAACUCACUUAGAGGACCGGGACAAUGCGCCACAGAAUGAGGUUGCGGCGCCCGCACCAGAACCUUCUAUUCCUGAUACCCUGAGUUGGAACGACUUCAUCCAGUCCGGUCCGGAGGGAGCCAAUUUGCUCCCACCAAUCCCAAGCCAGUGCCUGAUGUCUUCCCAACCGAGUUCCACAACGUCGUCUACUAAAAUAGGAUACCUUCGACCUUUCGCUGGUAAAGGACUCGAGACACUAAGUGGUGCCAAGUCCAAAUUAUGCCAACCUCCCUUGGAACAGGAUGACAUCCAGCCAGAGGAUACCGCUGCAGCGAGCAUGGAUUAUAUCGUAGAUGAGGAGCAGACAAUCGCCAAUACACCAAGGUCUUGUAGGCAUGAAGAUAUGACCGCGAGGCACAGCUUAUCUCCCCCGGGUCCUUCUCAAGACAGGUUUAGACAGUUGUCCGAUACUAUUCAAAGUCAUGAGCAGCGAUUAGAUAAACUUGAAAACCCAUCAAUCUCGGCCGCCAGCCACGAUGGAUGUGAUGAGAAACAUGACCAAAGCGACCUCAGAAUCACCGAACUCGAGUCGCGUGUGGAAGAAGUCGAGAAGAUGAUUAACGAUAAUAGCAGUCAAACUUCGAAUCAUCGUCACGGCCGACACAUGGGUGUUGAUGUAUCCACGAGUAGCGUGAUGUCCGUAUCAACCGAAGGGAGCGAGGGUGUAGCGAGUUGCGCAGAGCUCUACAGCCAACUUCAAGCUCUACGGUCCCAGCUCAGUCAACUACAAGGCCUCUCGUCAUUCACAUCUUAUUCUCGCCCGUGGGAAGUCGAGGUUAUAUUUUUACCCUUUCCCUUAAAGAGCGUGUGGGUGGAGUCGCACAGUUUCGCAAGUCAACGUAUGUCGGGCGCCAGCAGUGUAGAGCCCGAUCAGUGGACACAAAUGCCUAGCAGCUAUUCCACCUUCGAGCCCCAAUCGCCCGCUUUUAGCGACUGGGCCGGGCCUGAGCUUGAGUCAGACUGGCUCCUCCCACGAGCAUUCGCACCCGAUCGCGUUAUCGAACAACGACUUAGGAGUCGAGGCCUCGUUAAGAACGUGACCAUUCGCAGCCCCGAUGCUCGAAGCGUCCAUCAAGCCAUAUCCGAGGCUUUCGGGACUCUGUUCCGUACCUUCUCUCGGAUGCAAGCAAAUGUUCAUCACGGCUCCACUCAACACCAUCGCGUCGCCAAGUUCCUCGGUCUCCAGUCGCCAUGGGUACCACUACGCAAAGUUCAUAGAGAUUCGAGACUGCGUUUCCUAUCGCCGUCCGAGAUGGUUACACCAGUAACGUGGGAUGUCUCAUUCCUACGCUCAAGUGUAGUCAUGAAGGCAACUGGCGUUCAGCGUCUCUUCAUCACCCACCCUGAGGCAUACCUCCAAGACCAAGAUGCAUAUGACAAUGGGUGGAAUUGGCAGCGCUUGCGCGAAUUGAGCCGAGUUUACGCAGACUCCCAGAGCAGCCAAGAAGUUCCUGAGGCAGAUGCUAUGGAAGAUUGCUGGGGAUGGAAUGACAAGCUUGAUGAACAUGCCGCCAGCACCAAUACCUCGCAAUCUCUUAGUCUUCGACAGGCUGCGCAACGUAAUUGGCGGGCGACGUCUAUGUCGCCGGCCCAGAACCUUCUCAUUAGCGCUACCGCUAUAUCACCUUCUCUCGGCACUCAUCGUUCCGUUUCUCGCGCUAAGUCCCCAGCGAUAUUAAGGGAACGCAAACCAUCGAGGCCACCUCAUCUCCGCACUGCAUCCAUGCCUCCAACUGCGGUAUCCGUUCCAUCGCCCGCCAAAGCGAAACGGCGACAAACAUCAUAUGUUCAUCAAUAUGAACGCCGUCCUUCGCCGCAAGUUAUUCGUGUAGUCCCUACAAUAGGGCAUAUCGCAGGCUUAGCGAAGCGCCGUAGCACACGUUCCCCAUCAGUCCGACAACGAAUCACGCCGCGCUGGAGUACCGCAUCCCCAACUCCAGUGCCCGAAAUUUAUGUCGGCCGUCCUUUAACACCAUUCUAUGCGACACCUUAUAGCAACGCUCCGUAUGUAGAAGCUCGAAAUAGCCGUAGCAUACCUAAUAUCGAUGAGGGCGACGACGUUGGAGAGAGCGGUAGCGGCACCGAGCCUAAUGAAGAGGAAGGUGAAUACAUGGAUGAAGAUCAAGAUGAAUAUUCAGAGAACAAUGAUAACGAUAGUCCUAUGAUUGACUUCACUCAUCAAGAUUCUCAAGAGUCGUGGCAAGAUGGGCAAUUGCACAGCCGCCCGGAAGAUGAGCCAUGGCUAGGGAUCGAAGAUGCGGAGAAUCGCGACCCAAAUCAUAUCAUUUCUAUACAUGUUGAUGAUGACGCCAUGAGUGAUGCAGAUGACCUCGGAAAUGAGAGCCAAAGGUCUAGCGUCCCGAGCGAGUAUCCGAGCACCCAGCGCGCUUGGAUAGAUGCCGAAGAAGCAAUACGGGUUUAUGAAGACGGCGAUGAGGGUCCUACGGGCAACGGUUCAGGCGCCGGGAAAUGAAACCAAAGUUCGGAUAAUUUUCCUUUUAGAUUGAUGCGUUUAGAGUCUUGCAUUCUGGGUUAAUCGCGGCGCGGGAUGCGAUCGGAGCCU